AUGGAGUGGUACCGGGAGCAGACCAUCCAGCUGAUCGACUUAUUCCGGAACCGUCCGGCCCUGUGGGACACCAGUUCGGUGCACUACCGUAACAAACGUAUGAAGAAUGAGUCCCUGGAGCAGAUCAGCGCCAAGCUCAAGUGUCCCAAGGAGGAGAUCGCCAAGAAGAUAUGCACGUUGCGCGUGCAGUUCAGCCGGGAGAACGUCAAGGUGAAACGGGCCCGGGAAUCCGGUGGCACCGUUUACAACCCCAAAUGGUUCGGCUACCAGCUGCUGUGUUUCCUGAACGAUCAGUCCCGGUACACGUCGCAGCCGAUCAACAACUGUUCGCCGGGCGCAGCCACUGCUCCGGGGGCGUCCGGAGCCAUGUCGAGUGGCAUGGUCGCGCAAAACCAAGCGGACGCAGAAAAUCAACAUUUUAAUUGGAGUCAAACCUCUGAGGACAGUUAUGCAGAAGCAAAUGACACAAAUGCAAGUGGCUAUGAGGCGGACAGUGUGCUGGCUUCAAUGAUGCAUGAGUCCAUGGAUGACUACCACAACCAGGAACCAAUUGUGGACGUCCAGGAGCCACAAACAUGGUCAUCGUGUAGAAAAUACCGCGGUAUGCAGCCAGUAACAGGUGGAGACUAUUCAGACGAUGAUGGUGGGGGUUACAGUAGCAGGAAGAUGAUGCGAAUGUCUAGGCCUGAUGCACCAUCUGAUGAGUUCAAUACAUUCUCAGACUAUGUGGCUGAACGGAUGCGUAACCUUAAAGCUGACAAAGCUCUACAACUAAUGGCCCGACGAGACAUUGAACAAGUAUUGUUCAAGUAUGAAAUGAAGUUGUUGGAGCAGAAGAGAGAUUCACAACAACACCAACAACCCGACACUGAGGCGGCAACUACGUCAAAGUCCAUUUCACCAUCACCUGUCAGUGACUUGGAACAACAGUAG